AUGGCGGCGGCCGCGCGGGCUCCAGGCUGGACAUCCAGGCUAGUCCUGCUGCUCCUGCUGCUGCUGCCGCCGCCCGCCGUGAGCCCCGUUCGGGAGCCCCGCGCCGCGGCCCGGCUCAGCCUGCACCCGCCCUACUUCAACCUGGCCGAGGCGGCGAGGAUUUGGGCCACCGCCACCUGCGGAGAGCGGGAACCGGGCGGCGCGCGGCCCCGGCCCCGGCCCGAGCUCUACUGCAAGUUGGUGGGGGGCCCCACCGCCCCGGGCAGCGGCCACACCAUCCAGGGCCAGUUCUGUGACUAUUGCAAUUCUGAGGACCCCAGGAAAGCACAUCCAGUCACCAACGCAAUUGAUGGAUCCGAGCGAUGGUGGCAAAGUCCCCCUCUCUCCUCGGGCACACAGUACAACAAAGUCAAUGUCACCUUGGAUCUAGGGCAGCUUUUCCAUGUGGCCUAUCUUAUCAUCAAAUUUGCAAAUUCUCCUCGCCCUGAUCUUUGGGUCUUAGAAAGAUCUGUAGACUUUGGAAGCACCUACUCACCUUGGCAAUAUUUUGCUCACUCUAAAAUAGAUUGUUUGGAGCGAUUUGGGCAGGAGGCAAAUAUGGCUAUCACCCGAGAUGACGAUGUACUUUGUACUACUGAAUAUUCCCGGAUUGUACCUUUGGAAAAUGGUGAGGUUGUAGUGUCCUUGAUAAAUGGUCGACCAGGUGCAAAAAAUUUUACUUUCUCUCACACCCUGAGGGAGUUCACCAAAGCUACAAACAUCCGCCUAUGUUUUCUCCGAACCAAUACCCUUCUUGGACACCUCAUCUCCAAAGCACAGAGAGAUCCAACUGUCACUCGGCGGUAUUAUUACAGCAUAAAGGAUAUCAGCAUUGGUGGGCGAUGUGUUUGCAAUGGCCAUGCCCAAGAAUGCAAUGCAAACAAUCCUGAAAAAUUGUUUCGGUGUGAAUGCCAGCACCACACCUGUGGGAGGACGUGUGAUCGCUGUUGUGCUGGGUACAACCAGAGGCGCUGGCGACCCGCCACGUGGGAGCAGAGCAAUGAGUGUGAAGCAUGCAACUGCCAUGGUCACGCCUUCGACUGUUACUAUGAUCCAGAUGUUGAGAGGCAGCAGGCCAGCUUGAAUAUCCACGGCAUCUAUGCGGGUGGAGGGGUCUGCAUUAAUUGUCAGCAUAACACAGCUGGUAUAAACUGUGAAAACUGUGCUGAAGGUUUCUACCGCCCCUAUGGUGUUCCAGUCGACGCCCCUCACGGCUGCAUCCGUAAGUUUCAUUUUUGACUUGGAAUGUCUUGGACGGUCUGUACUGUACUGUUUCAGGGCGCUCAUUGGGCUAAACUCUGA